CUCGCCGGGCACCGGCCGAAUCCCCCGCACCAUCCCACCAAAAAACCACGUGAAAACAACCCGCGUCUCGCACUCUCCGCGGCGCGCGCCUCCAUCCCCCUCCCACCGGCGACCCGGCCGCAUCCGCUCGCUCGCCCUGCUAUAUAACUAGCGGCCAGCUCUAGCUCGCUCUGACUCGUCCACCAUAUCCUCCUCUUCCGCCCUCGCCGUUCGUUCGUCCCGGUCCCGCCAGAAUUCUAUCUAUCCAGAGAAGAGAGCACCCUGCUUUCGUCGACUCAGAGGAGCACAACGCUCUCUGAGACUCUGCUUUGGUUCCAACUCGAUCCGAUCAUGGGGUUCCCGCUGGUAAGCUACUGCCUCGCGGUGCCGAAGCCGAUCGUCACCUUCUGCAAGGUGCUCAGCGUCAUCAGGGACGCCGUGCUGCUGAUGCUCGCCGUCGUGGGGCUCUGCCGCUUCCCGUUCGACGACAGCUCGCGCCGCUUGUCGGCGGAGGGCGCCCCGCGGCCCGAGGAGGUGAAGGCCAAGCUCCCCGCCGUGGAGUACGGCCAGCUCGUGGCCGAGCGGCUGGCGUCGUCCCCGAGCGGUGGGCGCGCGUCCUGCCACGGCGACCACGGUGACGGCGAGGAGGCCGAGUCAGUUGCUGCGUCGUCGACGUGCAUCGUGUGCCUGGAAGCGCUAGAGGCGGCGGACGAGGUGCGGCGGCUGGGCAACUGCGCGCACGCCUUCCACCGCGGCUGCAUCGACCGGUGGAUCGACCUUGGCCGGGGGACGUGCCCGCUGUGCCGGUCCGACCUGCUGCCGCGCCCACGGGGCCGGGGCGGGCUGGGCCGGCUCGCCAACCUCCUCACGCGCGUUUGGUGAGGACCUCUUCUUGGAGGGCAGUUUUGUCUUUUCGACGGCCGGGCCUCCAUCGCAGUCGCAGCCCAUCUCUAGCUAGGAGGAGGUGGUGGACUGGUGGUGCCGCCGGAAUGGCGCGGACAGGUUAGCGACGACGACAUGGCCGCCUGGUGGGAUAGCGCGGCAGCUCUGCUAUCUGAGCCAACCAUUCAUUAAUCGAUGGGGGCUUAAUUGGCAGCUGAUUAGCUCGACCCACCUGACAGUCACUGCUGGUGAAAACGCCUUUGGUACCGGCUCCAAACUCCCCUUUAGUAUCGGUUGUGCAAUCGGUAUUGCUAAGCCGAUCCUAAAGGGAUCCUUUAGUACUGGUUGGGGAGACCAACCGGUACUAAUUUGGUUGCCACGUCGCGCGUGGCCGAGGCCAAUUUUGUACCGGUUGGUCUCCCUAACUGGUACUAAAUUAUUUUUUUCUCUGUUUCUUUUCUCAUUUUCUUUUUUAUUUUUUUAUUCUAUAUUAGUAUUUCAUAUUUGUUUGCUUUA